AUGUUUCGUAGUCGGAGCUGGUUUGGCGGAGGGCUUUGGAAGCCCAAAAAUCCUCAUUCUUUAGAGCAUCUUAAGUACGUAUAUGUAUAUAUAUAUAUGCAUGUGUAUAUAUUUAAAUUUUUACUUUGUCUAAAUUUUAUUUAUUGUUAUACAUAGGUAUUUGUAUCAUGUCCUGUCAAAAAAUCAAACUGUGUCAGAAAAUAAUAGAGGUUUAUUAGUAGAAACUCUUCGUUCUAUAGCUGAAAUUUUAAUAUGGGGUGACCAAAAUGAUAGCAGUGUAUUUGAUUUCUUUCUGGAAAAGAACAUGCUUUCAUUUUUUCUACGUAUAAUGAAGCAAAAAUGUGGAAGCUAUGUAUGUGUUCAAUUAUUGCAGACUCUAAAUAUAUUAUUUGAAAAUAUACAUUAUUUACUUAGUAAUAAUCAUGUAAACAGUAUAAUAGUGCACAAAUUUGACUUUAGCGAUGAGGAAGUGAUGGCAUAUUAUAUCAGUUUUUUGAAAACUUUAAGCUUGAAGUUAAAUGCACAUACCAUUCACUUUUUUUAUAAUGAGCACACCAAUGAUUUUCCAUUGUAUACGGAGGCAAUUAAAUUUUUUAAUCACUCCGAAGGAAUGGUUCGUAUAGCAGUGCGAACUUUAACUUUAAAUGUAUAUCGAGUAGAAGAUGCCUCCAUGCUAGCAUUUAUAAGAGACCGCACUGCUGCACCCUAUUUCAGCAAUCUUGUAUGGUUUAUUGGUAAUCACAUUAUAGAGCUUGACACUUGUGUUAGAAAUGAUGCUGAUCAUCAAAGCCAAAACAGAUUAUCAGAUUUAGUAGCAGAACACUUAGAUCAUUUGCAUUAUUUAAAUGAUAUUCUUUGCUUAAAUAUAUCCGAUUUGAAUAAAGUUUUAUCAGAACAUUUGCUUCACAAAUUAUUAGUUCCAUUGUAUGUUUACUCACUUAUGAGACACAAAAAUUUUCUGUGCCAAAAUCAGGAAGAAAGAAAACAUGUGAGCAUUGUUGUAGCCUUGUUUUUACUUUCUCAAGUGUUUCUAAUAGUCUCUCAUGGUCCUCUUGUACAUACGCUAGCAGCAGUAAUGCUACUGUCAGAUUUCGAAACAAUACAAACAGGUGCAAGUAAAGUACUUGAAAUGUAUGGUGAUAUAUCAUCGGAUAAACCAAUUGCUUUUUCACCACCAAAAGAAAGUUUAGAAAAAUCUUUAGAAAACUUAAGCGAGUCCUUAACAGUAUCAGAUGAACUUUAUGAAGAAGAAAAUAACUUGGAGGAAAGAAAAGAUAUUGUAAAUACUGGGAAUGAAAAUGAAGAGGUUUCAGGAAUGAAUCAUGCUAGUACAUCAUUUAAUUCUGUUUCAACAGCACAUGUACCAGUACUUAUGAGCUCUGAACAACUAGAUAUAAAUAUUCCAGCUGAAGAUUUAGAAGAAAUUAAACAUUUAAAUGUUACUGAUGAAGAAAAAGAGCAAAGAUUAGCACUAGAAAGUCCCUUAACACCUCAAACACAAAAAAAUAUAACUGAAUCAUUAUCAAAUAAACCAUUUUUAGAAACUAUCUUAAAUUCUUUAUUUUGCACAGAAAAUGAUUACGCUGCUCUAUUCGCAUUGUGUUUACUAUAUGCUUUAGCUAAUAAUCAGGGCAUAGAUCGUAAAACUUUGGAUCCAAUUUUAUGCAAUUCACAAAGUUCAACUACAACUUUAUAUAAUGAAAUUUUAAUAGAUAGACUAAUUCAUAUCAUAACAUUAAGUUGUCAAACAAAUGCUAGAGUGAGACUUGUUACUUUGGAAUUAACAAUUAAAUUGUUAAUACAAUUAGUAAUGUCUGAAGGCCAAAGUAUGUUAAAAGAUUCACAUUUAGCAGCAAUAGAAGCAGCCAAAGAGCAAAGCACGUCGUUAUUAAAAAAUUUUUAUAAGAGUGAAGACAUAUUCUUAGAUAUGUUUGAAGACGAAUAUAGCGAAAUUCAAAAACGACCUCUGAAUGUCGAAUGGUUAAUGAUGGACAGUAAUAUUUUAUUACCUCCAACAGGAACUCCAAUGACGGGUAUCGAAUUUACUAAAAGAUUACCAUGUGGAGAUGUUGAAAGGGCACGACGCGCUAUAAGAGUAUUCUUUUUAAUAAGAGAUCUAUCAUUGACUCUUAAUAUGGAAGCAGAAACACAAUUGCCACUAACGAAUCCAGCUAAUUGUAUUCAAGUUGACAACGUUCUUGAUUUAAAUAAUAGCGACAUAAUCUCAUGCACCAUUGUAUGGAAAGAUGGUCAAAAAAUUCGUCGUUUUAUAGUCAUCGAUGUUAAGCAAUUAAUUCUUGUUGAACCUGAUACUAGUAAACUAGGUUGGGGAGUAGCAAAAUUGGUAGGCUUUCUACAAGAUAUCGAAGUUGCUGGUGACAAAGAUGAUUCCAGAUGUUUAUAUUUGACAAUUUAUAAACCUUUAAGCAGUAGUACUGGCAAUCGUGUACCUUUGUUAUCAGCAAAAUUCAUUUUUGAUGAUCACAUAAGAUGUAUGGCUGCGAAACAAAGGCUAACAAAAGGAAGAAUAAAAGCACGACAAAAGAAAAUGAAUCAAAUUGCAAGAUUACUCGAUAUUCCUACAAGCAUACCACACGCUACUACGCCACCAAAUUAUGCAUUACGUGGUUUUCGCUGUGAACGAUUAGGACGUGGUCAAAGACCAAAAGAUCAUCAAUUACGUCCAAUGUUUACUGUAAAUAAAGUUCCUGGAUUCGCAGCACAAAUGCGUAGAGAAAAUGUUGCUAGAGCUACUCCUGGUCUAUCAUCAACUCCAAAACGCGGUGAUACUGCCUCAAAUGAAAAAAGUCACGAAAAUGGAUUACGAUCUCGAGAUAAUUCGCCAAAGAUGCCAAGGCCACGAAGUGAAGAAAUUCCUUUAGAAGAUAUGCGACUUCGAAAAGCAUCCUUAACUUCUAAUGGAUUAACUAUAUCACAUAUAUGCGAGGAAAAGAAAGAUGGUCAAAUUUCUGCUUGUUCAACUAAUGGUGAGCCAUCAUCUGUGAUCAGAAAACAUUCAGAAGAAACAUCGUUCACCUGUCCGCAAGAAGUGAAACCACCACGUAGAAAAGGUCAAGUGGAAACAGAAAGACAACAUCUUAAAAUUAACUUUGUACAAAAGAAAAGAAGAAAAGAUCAUAUACAUGUAUCCAACAAAACGUCAGGUAUAGAUAAAACUAGUUUUCAGUUUUAUGCUAUGUAA